AUGAAGACAUUCACUUUCCUCUCCCUGGUGGCCGGGGCUACGGCUACCUUCAAGAGUGCCGACCCCUUCCAGUGCCCCUCCAACAGCGACAACCAGUGCAAGGGCAAGCAGGUUUCUGGCUACAACUGGAGUGACCUGAACCUUGGAAAGUUCACCAGCUAUGACAACUGCAACUUCAGCGGCUGGAGCUGCCAGCAGGACAAGUCCGUCGCCCGCCGUGGCCACUUUGACCGCCGUACCAAUGGCAAGACGAUCGAUGCUCGUGCCUCGAGCAACAAGGCCAACUGCCCCAGCUUCAGCUCCAAGGACAAAUUCUCUGUCGACACCUUCCACAUGUCGACCGAGUUUGACUGUGACUUGGAGUUCCACUAUGGCAUGCCUGAUGGAUCUACCUGCCGUCAGCGUAGCGCUUGCAAGAAGAGCGGUUCCACCAUCAAGAACAGCCAGUGCGGUGGUGCCACUGGUGUUACCAUCGUUUACCCGACCCAGACCAACAAGCCCAGCAAGGACUGUGGCGUCACUGUCACCAGCAUCAGCUUCGACUGCACCGACCAUGCUACCAAGACCACCGCCGUGAAGACCACGACCCAGCCUCCCAAGGUCACCACCACGAGCAAGGCUACCAGCACCAAGGUUACCACCGCCGAGACCUCCAAGACUACCAAGGAGACCAGCCAGCCCCCCAAGGAGACCUCGAGCCACCCUCCCAAGGUCACCACCACCAGCCACCCUCCCAAGGAGACCAGCCCCAGCUCGCUGCCUCCCAAGGACACCACCACUAAGGCUACCACUGAGACUUCCAAGACUACCACCACUGAGGCAGGCGCCAGCUCGGUGCCUCCCAAGGACACUACCAGCCAGCCUCCUGCUGCUACCACCACGGUUAUCUCUGGCACUACUGUCACGAUCCCCGCCACGACCACUGUCGUCUCUGGAACCACUGUGACCAUUCCCGCCACCACCACCGUGGUGUCUGGCACCACCGUCGAGGUUCCCGCAACCACCACUGUCGUCUCUGGCACCACCGUCGAGGUUCCCACCACCACCACGGUCGUCUCCGGCACCACUGUCACGAUCCCCGCCACGACCACUGUCGUCUCUGGAACCACUGUGACCAUUCCUGCCACCACCACCGUGGUGUCUGGCACCACCGUCCAGGUUCCCGGCACCACUCCUGGCGCUCCUGGUACCACCGUCGAGGUUCCUACCACUACCACGGUCAUCUCUGGCACUACUGUCACGAUUCCCGCCACGACCACUGUUGUCUCCGGAACAACUGUGACCAUCCCCGCCACCACCACCGUGGUCUCUGGCACAACUGUUAACGUUCCCGGCACCACUCCUGGCGCUCCUGGCACCACCGUCGAGGUUCCUACCACUACCACGGUCAUCUUUGGUACUACUGUCACCAUCCCUGCGACAGUUACCGUCGUCACUGGCACUACUGUCACUGUCCCCGCGACAACGACCGUCGUUUCUGGCACUACUGUCACGAUCCCCGGAACCACCACCGUCGUCUCUGGCACUACUGUCAACGUCCCUGGCACCACCGUCACUUCUCCUGGUCCGGUUACCACCUUGCCCUGCCCUGAUGUCGUUCCCAAGUGCUUGAACACCUGGAUCUUCCACCCUGGCUGCAAGGACAACACCGACACCAACUGCUACUGCCCCGACACCCUCUUUGUCGAGAACGUCUUCCAGUGCUUCUACGCCCACGGUGAGACCGACGAGAUCAUCUCCGAGGCCGUCAUCUACUUCCAGGGUAUCUGCGCUGGCCACAUCCCCCAGAACCCUGCCAUCGUCACUGGCCCGACCAUCACCUCUUACAUCACCGUCACUGCCCCGCCCACCACCAUCGCCACCAACCCGGCUGAGAUCACCACCAUCAGCGUCAGCCAGACCACAGUCGUCCCCUGCACCGACAGUGCCGGCUCGCCUAUCCCCAGCUCCAGCAGCACCGUUACCAUCAUUACCACCGUCGUCGUGCCCAAGCUUGGCUUCACCACCGCUUCGCCGACUCCCGGUGCCACCAGCGCCGCGGGUGGUUCCGAUAACGGUGGCGAAAUUGGUCUGGUCCCCGUCACCAGUGCCAUUCCCAUUGCCACUGGCACUCCCAGCACCGGCUCUGGAUCUGGAUCUGGCUCCGGUUCCGGCUCCGGUUCCGGCUCGGGCUCCGGCGGCUCUGGCAGCAGCAGUGCCGGCUCCCCCGCCGGUACUGGCGCUGCCAGUCCCUCUACCACGGGCACCCUCCCCGUUACCGCUGCUGGUGAGCGCAUCUACGCCAGCCUGGCACUCGCUGUCAUGGCUGUCGUUGCUGCUCUGUAA